UCACAAUUCCCUUCAAUCAUAGGAAUAUAGUCAUUCUCCGGCACUACUUUAAACAUUUCCAAAAGUUUUUAUCAUAAUAUUUUACACCCUUCCUUCAUUUGACUCUCGAGGAAAGAGAAACCUAUAGCCGUUGCAAAAACUAGCGGCUGAUGCAUUCUCUUCCAUCGAUCACUUUGUUCAAGUUCUUAUUAAAGAAUCUCUUUCUUGAUCAUUUUCUCUCAUGGCCCCAAAACAGGAGGGCUCUGCUAUAAGGUUUUGCAGAAAAGGAGCAUGGACUGCUGAGGAAGAUAGGAAGUUGGCCGAGUACAUUGAAACACACAGCGCAAAGAAGUGGAAAACGGUGGCAACGAAAUCAGGUCUCAAUCGGUGUGGCGAAAGUUGUAGACUGAGAUGGUUAAAUUAUCUUCGCCCAAAUAUCAAGAAAGGCAACAUCUCUCCUGAUGAAGAAGACUUGAUUGUUAGGCUUCAUAAGCUCCUAGGGAAUAGGUGGUCCUUGAUUGCUGGGAGACUUCCAGGACGGACGGACAAUGAAAUAAAGAACUACUGGAAUUCUCAUUUGAGCAAGAAAAUAUAUUCAACAAAAAUAACAGAUGGAACAACUGGAGCUCCGGCGGCACCACCUCCAACAACCAUGGCUAAGGUACAGGUGGAGGUACAAGCCACUCAUCAUCACGAAAGCCAAGCAGACAAUACUGAGUUAAGCUUCGGUGUCGGUGAUUCUUUGGAUGACUCUGUGGAAGGGACUUCUGCAAUGGAUUGCAUAAUCAAAUUUCUUGAACUUGAUGAGAAGCCCCCCACUCCCCCCCCGGCGGGGCCCAAACCAUUGAGAUGAGAAAGAGAACUACAUAAGAUUGUGUAGCAUAGCGUCUACAUUUUCCAGAUGUUCUGGUAUUGCGAAAAUUAUUCUGUAGAGUGUGAAAUUAUGAGCUUAGCCUUAUUUUGGUGCAACUGUGAAAUUAUGAAGAAAAUGUUUGGAAUUUUCUUGAAUUCUAAUGGUCAUGUCUUGGGUUAA